CUGCAUAAAACAUGUCAUUAUGUUAAAGUUUACAUUUAAAAAAAAGGAGAAAACAAAAUAUUACGUUCUAAACAGACCUAUAAUUUUCUUCCUAAAUAACCGUAAACCUACAUCUUCAUCGUGUUGUCAAGGACGUCAUUCCAAUAACAGGCUUUACAAAAGGACAGCGUAAUAGCAGAUAUUCAACCAGAGAGGUUCAAAUAAUUCAUCGAAGUACAUUGUUCCAUAUGGAAGUAUUUUGGUUUAUUUCUUUGGAUACUUUGACCUUUUCCAUUGUUUUAGUGAAUGUUCUCAGUAUCAGGAGUCUGAAAACAUCCGGUGUAUGUAAACAGCACGACGGAUUGUAUCGAUGCUGCAACAACUUUCGACAAGAGGGUCAGAAUUGUAUUCCCUGUGUUGGAUCUUUUGGUAUCAACUGUUCUGGAAGAUGCGUUGACGGGUUCUUUGGGUUUGGAUGUCUUGGUCGCUGUAAUUGCAGUGAGGACCAAAUCUGUGACAGUCGUGACGGGUGUAUGGAGGACAAGAUAAGACAAUAUGAAGAAUCUCCAAGAAUAUACCUUUAUGUAAUAAUCCUACUAUGUGCUUUUAUAAUCUUCCUGCUUGUGGCACUGGUGGCAGUAUACAUAAAAAGAAAAUUUAUACCAUCUCGACAUUACCAGCAUGAACUUGUUCACACCGACACGCCGGGAGAUUACACAUCUAAUAAACAUCAAAGUUACCUAGAAUGCGGCUCUGGCUCUGGACGAAUGUUAGAGAACAUUUCACUUGAAAAUCAGUCUGAAGAGUUACAAAGUAGUGAGUUAAGAUCUACGCAUUAUGAGUACACAAAUCGAAGACUAUUUUCAAGUGAGGACAAAACCUUAUCUCAAAGAGAGAGCAUGCAAGAAAUUCGUCCCGAAAAUAAUAUUGAAUCUCCUUCAGGAGUAGACGUAUGGAAGUCAAUCAAAGACAAUAUUAAAAAGAAUAGAGAGAGGAACAGUAUUCUACGAAUAUUAUCGUCAAGAAUUUCUCUGCAUGAUACAAACCACAGUAGUAGUUAUAUUUCUGUUGUUGACGAAAAUUCCACAUCUUGCAAUGCUGAAAAAAGUUGAAAAAGGUUAUGUAUUUAUGAUGCAACCUCCACGACCGUGUUGCUCUUUGUAUUUCUGAUGCAAUGUCCACGACCAUGUUGCUCUUUUACAGAAUGUUAAAUCAUAGUUUGAUUGUAGUUUAAUCGAUAUUAGUACCAUAAUUAUUUUCAAUUAAAGACAUGCAUUGUAGAUUUGUCAAUGUAUGUGAUGCUACAACAAUAUUUCAAGGUUAAAUCAGAGAUAAAUGAAAUCAUUUAUUUGUGGUAUGAGUAAGACAAAAUCCAUUUCUUUUUAUUGUUACAACAAGUAUAAUGAAUUUGGAAAUGGAAGGAUUUUAUUCUAAUAUACCUAUUAUAUAAUAAAUCAAUUAUAUGUUACAUACAAAAAAAUUACACAUAUAAGAUAAACCCAAUCAUUUUAAGUAGAUUUUAUGUUAUUAGAUAAGUACAUUCAAAAUUAAAAGUAUUAUACAAUCACUGUGAUAUAAGUUUAUCCUGUCACUAUCAUUCAAUUUCCAGAUCAACAUUUUAGUUGUCUGUCCCGAU